AUGUCAAUAUGGGGAGACAGCUCCUCGGAGGAAGAAGAAGAAAGUAAUGAUGAAGAAACGGCAAACAUUUGUCUAGUGGCCCAGGAAAACGAGGAAUCAGAGACAGAUGAGGUGAAUCAUGAGUUGCUGCUUCCUCUUCUUGAAAUCCUAUUGCUCGAUGAAUUGGCACCUUCUAUGGAGACCUGGACAGUUGUGGUGAAGGUCGACAGGGUGUUCACUAGGACUGAGUAUGAUGUUACUGAGAGGGACUUGGGAUAUCCGAAGAAGCUGAUCUCUCUAGAUAUGAUAGUGUUCGACGAACAGCAAACUAGGAUGCUUCUCAGGAUCGAUGGGGAUGAGCUGAUAGAUCACUUUUGUAACCUCAUCAUCGAGGGACAGGUUUACUUGAUUCAAUACUUCUCUGUUGGUCUUGGUGGUGGGGGUAUCCAUUCGAAGCAUCAUAUAGUUGUCCUUCAUAACAUAUUAGUGCAGGAGCGAAAUUUCAUAUUCCCUCUCUAUUGUUUCAAGAUCUGGUUUGUGGAGGCCAUACGUAGGGAUUCAUCUCCUGGUUGCAAAGUAAGAGAUGUGUUUGGACUGUUAGUCAGCAUCGAGAAGAUUAAAUGGGCUAGAGUCAGGGGCGUGCUAACACGUGUUAUGACAUUUGUCAUAAGAGACCCUCAGGGAGAUAUGGUACGGUGUGUUCUUUUCGGUGACUCUGCUGAUGAGGCAUGGAAGAGUUAUCUGCCUUUGAAAAGAAUGCAUAAACUUGUCGCUCUGAUCAACUAUGCAGUGGUGAAUAGGCAGCACGGGAAGUUCUGCCUCAAGAACUAUGCGAAUGCAACAAAGGUUUUCUGGAACCCAACCUUCACCGAGAUAAUGCUGCUUAGGAGAGCUUUGCUGUUGGGUGUUAUAGCUUGA